AUAUUGCUGCCCUAUCUUGUUGCUAGGCUCGUUGUCAGGGGCAGCGCAUCUAUCAGUGCUAGCACAGGAUUAGCAGCUUUUAUGUUAUGACAAGUCACGAAAUAUGUAUUUAUUUUAACAAAAAGGGACCGUCGUUGCAUUUUUUUCCACUCACUGGAUGGUGUCCUGCUUCGUUCUCGUCUUUUCUCAAACAGAACAGAUGUUUGCAGCGGGGCUAGCUCUGUAGCUAAGCAACACAGGUAUGCUAAUGUCAGAGGAUAGCUAACGUCUUCCAACAUCAAGACUGCCUGGUUUGUGUUGUCACGUUAACCUGUUCAUAUUUCCGUAGAAACAAUAUCUAACUCCCUGUUGUUAACUAUGAAUGACGCUUACGAAGAUUUACUUGAGCACGAAGAAACCGACAUGAGCGAGAAACCAUUCUCGCCUCCUUGCAAGGCUCCUUCUCGCUCUACUCGGCUGCAAAUCCAGAAAAGCAAUGUGUGCUCUCGUGCUUAUUUCGUCGUGGUUAUGGUAUUCUUCCAUGUUUACAUCCUGAAUAUUAUUGCCCUACUGCUCUACGUGCACUACAACAACGGCCCUGCGGAUUUAGUGAUGGGAGAUGGGGCUUCCCCUGCUUCAGUCAUCCAUGCUGAUGAUACUUUGCCUCCACCUGCUCCAUCGGUGGGUGACUUGGAUGGAGAAGACUACAGUCAGAGUUUCAGCCUGCAUCGUUUGGAGGGGAUAAGGGUUGGACAUGUUCAGCAGGUGUCUAUUGUAGCAGACAGAACACAUGAGAUGAAAACACUGAGUCUGAAACCUUUGCUGUUUGAGAUUCCUGGUUUUCUGUCAGAGGAAGAAUCACGUGUGGUGGUACAGCUGGCCCAGCUCAAAGGUCUGAUGGAUAGCCAGACAGCAACACCUAGCCAAGAGCAAGCAGAGCUAAACCAGCCUCUGCUUUCUCUAAGCACAGAAGAGGUCUUCAGUCUGCUGGACCUGAACCAAGACGGCUUUCUUCAGAAGCAAGAGAUUGUGAGUCAUUCCCGUUCUCGAGAUGGGACGUGGUUAAGCCCAGCUAGCUUACGGCAAAUACUCUCUGGUCUGGAAGCCUCUCCAACAGGGAUUCUGACGCUCGGAGAGUUCCGCCGUGUCUAUGAUGGGUCCCAGCACCCACGACAACCGCGCAGUGGGAGCCUGCAUAGACACUUUAAGCAAAGAAACAGGCAAACAUGGCUUUUCCAGGGACCAGGAUCUCACCACGUUGUGCAGUCACUCAGGAAAAGGGUAAUCUCUCUGACACGUCUGCCCUCUGCACUGGUUGAGCUAAGUGAACCGCUGCAGGUAUCUCGCUACGAGCAUCAAGACUUCACCGACGCUCACUAUGAUAGCAGCUCGUCUCACUCACAGACCACCUGUGCGCACACACGGCUGGCAGGAAACACCUCAGCGCUCACAGAGGUCUCCUGCAGAUAUUUGACAGUUUUAUUUUACCUCAACUCUGUGGAGAGUGGUGGGGAAAGUGUCUUCCCUGUGGCAGAUAAUCGUACUUACGAUGAGCAGGCUUUGGUCCAGGAUGGAGUUGAAUUGACAGACACCCAACAGGCUUGUGGCAAAGGAAAUCUUAGAAUAAAUCCAACCCCCGGAACAGCUCUCCUAUGGUACAAUCAUCUCUCUGAUGGCAGAGGUUGGAUGGGCGAGCUAGACGAGUACUCCUUGCAUGGUGAUUGUCCUGUCAACCGAGGAGUAAAGUGGGUGGCCACCAGCUGGGUCAACGUUGACCCCAAUUACCAGCAGCAGGCUCGCUACCAGAGACUAGUUGCUCAAAGACAUCAAGCUAAGUCUGUCGUGGAUGACCAUUACCCAUCUCUCUCACACGGCGACCUCCACCUGGAUCUAUAGCCAAGGCAUUCAUUUACCUAAUAAUUUAUAUCUGCUUUAAAAUGCACCAAUCCUUCUAGUUAGGUCUGACUAACAUUUACACACCGUCAGGUAAUAUGGAGCACUUUGCAAACAUCAUGAACCCCUAACAUUAGAUCAUAGAUACCUCUUUCAUUAAGUCGGAUUGGUUGGUAUACGGCUGUCUUUGAGCAAAGUUUCUCAGGGUUUCUGAAGGACUUAAUGGGCUCCUCUGAAAAUGUUUAAAUGCAUAUUGUUGUUGCUCAAAGUGCCAAAGUUAUGUCUCACAGACAUAACAGCAUUUCUGCAGUAAGAAGUAAGUCCCAAAGAGCUGUUAGCAUAGGUUUCUUUGUUUACUGAAGAUGAGAUUAGCAGAUGCAAUUAACAAAGUCCUUAUUUGUUUAUUAUUUCUCCAUCUGUUUAAAAAUCAGAGCAGAUUAUGUUAAGUGGUGCUAUGAUUUGCUUCUUGGCAUUUUUUUUUUCAACGUUUCACAGCUAACAAUACAAUUAUUGAUCCUGAAUCAUUUUGCUUUGUGUAGGCCUAACAAUAACUUUAGAUGCCUUUAUUAAACAUUUAAUGAUUCAUAGGCUAAUGUUGGACAGACCAACAAACUCAAAAAUUGUAAUUAAAAUCAUUUUUAGUACAGGGAAUUUAAAUUUAAUUUAUUUAAAUCUUCCAGUGUCAAAAACAUGUUAAGAUCCUUAAAAGAAAGCCUGGAAGCUGUUGCUCAAGACCACCUAAAAUUAACUCAAGCAGGUCAGGAACAUCAAGUGAUAAAGGGAGGUUCAGGACUUUUGAACUGGUCUAAGUCUGUAUGAAAGUUGCACAUAAUAGCGUCACAUAUUUCUUUAUGAAAUCUCCAGUUCAAUGUUAACAGGACAGAUCCACUAUAAUUUAUGAUUUGUUUAAAAAAAAAAAAAGUUUUGUGAAAAAUGUAAGAGAUUAAAUGUUUUAACAACUAAACAGCACCUUAAUAAUAAAUGAUAGAUUUAGAGGGAUUGGUAUUUAUAAACACAGAGAAGAGAUAUCCAAAACAGGCUGUCUGAUAAUGGCCAGCUUAAUUGCACUCUGUCUGAGUAGAUGAGGCCUCUGCCCCUGAUUCAGGUCAUUUUAAUUUAUUGAUAUGAAAUUGAAGCCAUUUUCUUGUGGUCAUGUGAUAAUUGUCGUCUGUGAAUGUAUUCCUGAUGGAAAAUGCUUCUCAGAUAUAAUGUGUCAGCUCAUUUUUUCAUCUUCAUGUCCAGAGUUAUUGAUAUUGGUCGCAAAGUGUUAUUUAAUAAAGCUUUGUUUAAAAUCCAACAGUCAGGACUAUACUGGGCUGGAUAGCAUAAUGCAAAGCCAGUCCUUCAGGUAAAAGUCAAAUCUAGAUCUUUGGUCUGUUUUACUGCGCGUUAAUAUCUGCACAACACAAAUGUAUUUAUUGUCUGUGUCUAUUUAUUUAUUUAUUACCAUCAUUUGGUCAUUUAAGUUAAAGACGUGUAUUUAUUAAUGGUUGACAUUGCACUAAAUCUGUAAGUGUGAACAAUGUACUUGUGUGUGUUAAGACAUUAAAUCUAUAAAGCUAUGUUUUAUGAA